AUGGCUGAGGCAGUUGUUUCCUUUGUGCUCGAAAGUGUCGGAGAUUUCACCAUUCAGGAAGCCAAGUUCUUGUCUGGAGUCAGUCAUCAAGUUGAGGUUGCACAAACUGAGCUACAACUGAUGCAGGGCUUCCUGAAAGAUGCAGAUGCAAGACAAGGACAAGAUGCAACAGUCCACAUUUGGGUUGCCAAGAUUAAAGAUGCUGCUUAUGAUUUGGAAGAUGUUAUUCAAACUUAUGGCUUCAAAGUGGCUUCCAAGCAGAAAAGCGGUGUAAAGAAUGUUUUGAGAAGAUUUGCCUGCAUCUUCAAGGAAGGGGUUGAGCUUCACAAGAUCGGAGCAAAAAUUGAGAACAUCACUUCUAAAAUUUCUAAUUUGAGGUCGAGUUUGCAGAGUUAUAACAUAAAAGAAAUAAGGGAGAGUGGUGGUGAAUCUUCCCUUCAAUUGCAUGAGAGGCAACAACUGCUGAGGCGAAGUUAUUCUCAUGUCGUUGAACGUGAUGUUGUUGGGUUAGAGUCCAACGUCGAAGAAUUGGUUAUGCAUUUAGUGAAAGAUGAAAAUCGUCAUCAAGUUGUAUCUAUUUGGGGGAUGGGCGGUUUAGGGAAGACCACUCUUGCAAAACAAGUUUAUCAUAACAAAAAAGUUGGGCACCAUUUUGAUAGUUUUGCUUGGGUGGGUGUAUCUCAAAGGUGCCAAAUAAGAAAUGUUUGGGAAGGAAUUUUAUUUAAACUCAUUUCUGCUACCAAGGAACAAAAACAAGAAAUUAAGGAGAUGACAUAUGAUGAAAUUACAAAGAAGCUUUUUCGUGUCAUGGAAGAAACAAGAUGUUUAGUGAUCCUUGAUGACAUUUGGAGUCUAGAGACGUGGAAUCUUUUGAAAGUUGCAUUUCCAAAUGAGAAAACUGAGAGCACAAUAUUACUCACAACACGUUAUCAAGCAGCUGCUUUGCCCCCAAAUAGAAAUUGUUUUCUCCACAAGCUCCAGCCACUAAAUGAGAAUGCGAAUUUGGAACUAUUUGAGAAGAUAGCAAUAUUUGGAAGGGCUGAUAUCGGUAUUUUCUCACCCUUAAUCUGUCAUUUUUCAAGUUCUUAG